AGCGCGAUGUCGUUCCCUCUCCAGGAGUACAUUGCGUCCCUGGACAGCGCUUGUCUCCCAAAAAUCCUACAAGUCUGCUCUGGGGUCUACUUCCAAGGGUCUGUCUAUGAGAUUUCUGGAAAUGAAGUAAGCUUCUCCACCGGCGACAUCAUCAAGGUCACCGGCAUGGAACUCUCAUCCAUCUGCUGCGAGGAUGUCAGCAACAACGAGACGUUUGAGCUACCCGUUGAUCAUACAGGCUUGAUGAAGGUGAUCCCAGAGGAGACUCCGUACAGCACGGUGGAGGAGCUUGUCAAGCUGAGACCCGUGAGCCUCGAUUCCUGCUUCCCAGUCACCUUUACGAGCAACACCAAGCUGACAUUGGACAAUGUCACAUUGGGUGCUGGCGCCACUUUGACCGUGCUAUCAGUGUUGGAAAAUGAAGACCGGUGCCGCUGCCACGUCCGGCCUGGACCGGGCCAGUCCUCGGCUGAGGUCAACGUGCCGUUGGGGACGCGUGGCGAGUUCUACAUCCAUGGGAGCGAGGAAAGCUUCACCCCCAGGGAGAUUGCAACGUCGCCGCACCUACGUAGCCAACGCUUUCGCUUCGAGAAUGCCACCAUGUGCAAGCGCACAUUCAUCCUUAGCCCCAUUUACCAGAUCUCCGCCAUCAUGAACCUAAGGAAGAAUGUGUUGCAAUUCCCGUCCAGUUUGGAGAUGGAUGUGAUUGACAUCUCAGACACGUGCGAAGACACCAGUUUUGUGACCCCACUCAGCCUGCUGGAAGUUCAUUCCCAACCGGAGCAAACAUUCCCCGUGGUUGUGGAGGUCCUGGAGGAUCCCGAGAUGAACACAAUGUUUAAGUGCAGUUGGCUAUCGCAGCUCCACAGGGGAACGAUGUUGAUUUUUCACCAAAAGUCAACCUCUUCAAUGACCGUGAUAUCCAGCUUGAAGAGCCGCAAACCGCAGCAGUAUUUUCUGGUCUCCAAGCAGUACGCGGGCCGCUUCCGUAGGCGUCCCAGGGGGUUCGAUUCUGUGUACGAGCUCUACGUGGCCUCCACGCAAACACCAGGCUUGAAGGUGUCCGUUGUAAGGAACAGCGAGGAAGUGGAGGAGGAAGGUCUUCCCGGGCUUACCGUCGGCGAGCGACUGGAGGUCAUCGGAUGCCGAAAAGUCCAACUCCCGUGCGGCCACGUGGAAGUAGUAGUUUGUCAACAUCUCCAAGACAUGGACGAUGACAGAGAUGAUGAUGAUGAUCAAGAUGGCGAAGAGAACAACGAGGACCUCAUUUACCUUCCUUUGUAUAUGCAAGGCCAAUUUGUGGAGCUACUCAGUGACAACAAGAAAUACACACUAGAAGACCUUAGCCAAAAGACGCUUCUGGAUGUGAAAGCGGUGACUCGGGACCCCGAGCUGGAGAAAGACCCACUUCUCGGGUUUACAUGUCUCCGAAUAGAAGGGACAACGCUAGAACCCACCAUCCAGGCCAGCUUCCUGGACAUGCCUGACCGCUGCUUCGAGAUCCCGGUUCAAAGGCUCGGCCUUACCGUGUGCUGUACCCAACAGCCUCUACCGUGGUCUCCAAACCAGCCCCCUAAAUGCAGCGUGGACCGCGUAACAGAGGUUACGGACAGGUUCUUACACGAAUUUCAAAAAGAGGCUGCUCCCAUCACAGACCCUCCUCCUAGACCUCCGAAAAGGAUCCCAUCCGUGCCAGUAGUAAGCAAAAGCGUUCCUACCAAAGAGUUUAAUAACAUUAAGAUGCAGAACAGAAGGAGCUCCUCACCACUGCCGGCUACUACAAAUGUCAGCCAUCAACCACCGCCGCCACCACGCAAGUUGCCAGUCAUUCAGGUCUCAGAAAAGAGGUCCACACCCAACACCUAUGUAGGACUAAAGGGGCCAGUCCGCAAGGAGGUGUCGGAAAGCGACGACGCCGAGUAUGAGCAAGUUGAUGAAAUGUUGUUAGAAAUGUUGAAGAAUGCACAAGAGACCGUCUCAUACUAUUAG